ACUCAGGUCCCAAGCAUGGCGAUGUUGUUCGACGAGAUCAGCCAGCAGCUGGAUUUCUGUCGCUGCGAUGAGGAGGGGAGCAGCAGCGACAACAACUCAGACUACUGCACCUCCAGGAUCCCCAGUCCCAGGAUCCACAGUCCCAGGACCCGCAGUCCCAGGACCCGCAGUCCCAGUUCUGCUUGCAGGACGCCCAGAGUGCAGCGCCACCGCAGCAGAAGCAGCACCUUCUCUUCUCCUUUGCAGCGCACCAGCCCCAUACCUUACGCAGCCUGGAGAGGCCUGAGGCUCUGUGACUCUCCCAACACUCCCAAGAGUUUGCUGUCCAAGUCGUCCCUGCCUUCCUCCAGCAUUAAGAUCAGUCGCCAUCAGAGGUCUCUUCGUUUUGCCUCAGCUGUCAACGUGAAUCCUUUCACCCCGGACACAGUGCGCAGGAACAGCAAGCAGCAGGGCAACAACAGGAGUGACGAUGACGACGAGUAUGGACGCAGGUUGAAACACAGCCUAACGUCAUCUGAAGAGGAUGAUGAAGCCUUUCUCCCACCAAAGAGACGAGCCGUCCAACCCUUAAUGCUGUCACGCUAUGAGAGCGAGUUCCUGGAGCUCGGCUGCAUCGGUGUGGGCGAGUACGGGGCAGUUUACAAGUGUGUGAAGAGACUGGAUGGCUGCUUGUACGCCAUUAAAUGCUCUCGGCGACCCCUGGCAGGCUCUGCCAACGAGCAGCUGGCCCUAAAGGAAGUUUAUGCACACGCUGUUCUUGGACACCACCCACAUGUUGUUCGCUAUUAUUCAGCAUGGGCAGAGGAUGAUCACAUGAUUAUUCAGAAUGAAUACUGUGACGGUGGAAGUCUGAAUGAUGCCAUUGUGAAGAAGGAGGUGCAGGGUGAGCUUUUCACGGAGGCUGAGUUGAAAGAUCUGCUGCUACAGGUGUCUAUGGGUCUAAAAUACAUCCACAGCUCAGGCCUUGUACACCUGGAUAUCAAACCAAGUAAUAUAUUCAUUUGUGAGCAUCCAAGCACAAGUGCACCGGGUGAGGGGGAGAGUGAGGAGGAAGAUGAUGGAAGCACCUCAGCUGGAGUCAUUUACAAAAUUGGCGAUCUGGGUCAUGUGACAUCAAGCAACAGUCCGCAAGUUGAGGAGGGGGACAGCCGCUUUCUGGCCAGUGAGGUCCUGCAGGAGGAUUACAGCCACCUCCCCAAGGCGGACAUAUUUGCUCUGGGCCUCACACUGCUGCUGGCAGCAGGGGCUCCUCCUAUGCCACAAAAUGGAGAUCAGUGGCACAAUCUGAGACAGGGGCGACUCCCCAAACUGCCACAGGAGCUCUCACCUUCCUUCAGAGGUUUGCUUCAGCUAUUGCUGGAUCCAGACCCGACAAAGCGUCCAUCUGCCAGGGAGCUUUGCAAGCACACAGUCCUGAGGGGAAAGGGAACCGAGAGGCUGGCGGCUGAGCUACGUAGAGAGCUCAAUGUGGAGAAGUUCAGGACAGCCAUGCUUGAGAAAGAGCUCCAGGAGGCUCGUCAGGCAGCUUUGUCCCCGAAGCAGAAUCUCUUUCCGGGGCUGAAACCUGCAGCUAAGAUGGGGUCUCUACCGGGAACAGGGAGGAGGCUUGUUGGCAGGAACACGGGACGAUCCGUGAGCUUCGGUUGCUCAGGAUACGGAGACUGAUGGGACGAUGUGAAGCUGGUCCGUUUUGCUGUAAUGUGGCUGUUUCUGCAACAACAUUGUGGUUUAAAUGCAGAAUGAGGCAGAAAAAUAUGAUUCCCUCAGCAGGAUUAAUACCAGAAAUCACUACAUGGAAUGUGUGUGUACUGAUGUAACCAAAACCACUGAUCUUGGGAGGAAAAAUCUGACUCAAGCGUUGCUAGACGUGAUUUCAACAUCAUUUAACUGCUGUGGAGCGACGUGCUUGAUUGGUCAAAGACUUCUUUUAUUUUCUUUUAAGCUGUAAAUAAACAUUUUAAACGUUUUA